UUUCUAAUUUAUGCAUCCACAAAUAAUAUUUUUUUUCACCCCGAGCAAGUUAGUGGUCUUGCUAACUUGUAACUAAGUUACAAUUAGAAGUUUAACAAUCGCGUUUAUUUUACAUAAGAAAACGACUUGUUGCGCAGCAACUUUGAUUGUGCACUUCUUGGGCGUCGUGAAAAGUAAAUUUUCACUAGAUGAAAAAAAGUUAUAACGAAACGAACACUUUUCAUCAAUAUUUUCCGCUUAUUUUUUUUAUAUGAAGUUUCACUGCGAAAAUUAAUAUACAAUAGUACCAACCUUUACAGUGAGUGCAUGGACCCCUCAACGUCUGAGUAUGGAACAGAUCUAACUAUAUUUGUAGUCAGCUGCCACAUAGCCCUGUGUUCCGAUUCUAGGCAUUGAAAACACAGAAUCAGAAUUAACUCAGGGACAACCCUAAUAGAAUUAUUUGGUCCCUCGACAUCCAUAGUUUUGUUCUGCACUCUUAAAGAAUACUCAGAAACGACAAAAAGUGAAUUAAUUUUAAGUUAUAUGGAGUUUGACAACAUUCCGCCAGAAAAGCUGAACAGUAUACUCAACUUUAAAGGGCAACUUUAGUUCCGAUAGAUAUCGCAAUACGAAAUUGAUGAAACGCUGUAGUGUAUCUUUUCCCAAGUGUUUAACAAUAUUUUGUUUACCCAUUUCUUGCUUUGAUUCCGCAAUAACUUAAUAGGUAUUUUCGCUACGAAUGAAGUCAGUACGAGGGGCUUGAGAGUGUAUUUGGAUACAACUCUGAAAUUAGAAAAUUUUAUCAUCUUAAAUCAACCUAGGGUAGACUCCAGGAUGCACUUAUCAAAUGUUGUGAUGCGAACAGCUGAGUAUAGUUUUUAAUUUUAAUUUUUGUUUUGGUUUUGGUUUUGUGUUUGAUUUUUUUUUUUAAAUCUUAAAAACAUAUUCCAUUUGAUCCGAUAUUCCACACAUAAACAUAAAAACAGAGUUAUAAUGAUAAACAAAUAUAAAACACAUUUGAAGAAGAUAACUUGUAAAACCAAAACCCCGUUUAGACUGCUCAUUAAGUCCAUAUUUAAGGCUUUCGACAGCUGAAUUCAUAAAGGUAAAACAGAUGAUCGGAUGGUCCAAGUUUAUUUCUAAAAUCACUUUGACAUUUAAAUUUUCGGCAUUAACCGCUUAAGGUAGUUUCGUUGGGGGUAGAUUUUUGUUGCUGUGCUAGUGACACUACCUCUUAAUUGUACCAUGCUCUCCCGACGCUCUCAUUGCUACGAAUUGUCAAACGAACACGUGCUAUGUUUACAUAUGGUUUUGUUUUCAUGAAUUUUUAGUUGCAAACAGCACAGCCGGUAUAAUUAUAUGCCAUUUGAUUUUCCAAAAGCCAACAAGUGUGUGGAAAAAAAUGGGCAAAAAGGAUAAAAAUAAGAAAAAAGGCAAGGGAGCCGAAAAAACAGCCAUGAAAACCGACAAAAAGUUAGCAGCUAAACAAAAGAAAAUGUUGGAAAAGUUGGGUGAGGCUGAUAUUGCAGAAUUUGUGGCCAAAUUGGAAUCUGAAGAAGCCAGAUUGAAAACCGUAAUUGAGGAAUUUUGUGCCACUCCUCCCAGUCCAAGGUCAAGCUUUUCUCUAGUUGCUCAUCCCGAGAAAGAGGAAUUGAUAUUAUUCGGCGGAGAAUUCUUCAACGGCCAAAAGGUGUGCGUGUACAAUGAUUUAUUUUUCUACAACAUAAAUAAAAGUGAAUGGAAGCAAGUUAAAUCUCCAAGUGGGCCAACGCCCAGAAGUGGCCAUCAAAUGGUUACUGUUGCUACUGACGGGGGUCAGCUAUGGCUUUUUGGUGGCGAACAUGCUAGCCCUUCUCAAAUGCAAUUUUACCAUUACAAAGAUUUGUGGAUGAUGAACCUGAAGACGCGUAAAUGGGAAAAAAUCAAUGCAUCCAAUAGUCCAAGUGCUCGUAGUGGUCACCGCAUGGUCGUUGCAAAGAAGAAGCUAUUUGUUUUCGGCGGCUUUCACGACAACAAUCAAACCUAUCGUUAUUUCAAUGAUAUGCAUAUAUUUUCCUUAGAAUCCUACACUUGGCUACAAGUGGAAAUAGCAGCUGCCAUAUUGCCUCCACCUAGAUCUGCAUGUUGUAUGGCUGCCACUCCAGAUGGUAAAAUCUUAGUAUGGGGCGGCUAUUCAAAGUCCCAAAUGAAAAAGGAUGUCGACCGAGGAAUAACCCAUACGGAUAUGUAUACUUUAACCCCCGACAAAAAUACUCCUGACUCGAAUAAAUUUAAAUGGGUUAGUAGCAAAUGUGGAGGUUACAAACCAUUGCCACGCAGCAGUGUUGGUUGUUGUACUGCCCCUAAUGGCAAGGCCUAUUGUUUUGGAGGUGUCAUGGAUAUUGAUGAAGAUGAAGAGGAUGUUAAAGGUCAAUUUGGCGAUGAUCUGCUGGCACUUGAUCUAACAGCCAUGACAUGGCGUUUAAUGGAAAUCCACAAAAAAACAAAAUCAGACAAAAAAGAUAGUAAAGCUGGGGCAAACGACAUUGAAAUGAACGAGGAGGAUGCCUCCAAACCACAAACUACUACUACAUCUGAUGGCAUAUUCACUGUUACUGUGGCAGGUCCCACCACAUCGAGUCCGGCAUUACCAAAAGUACCCAGUCUUUUCCCCAAUAGGAGACCCAAAAACGUGCCCUCGCCUCGAAUGAACCCUGGCAUCUGUGUGUGCAAGGGCACAUUGUAUAUUUAUGGUGGCCUUUACGAAGAGGAUAGUAAACAAUAUACAUUCAACGAUUUCUAUGCCUUAGAUUUGCACAAACUGGAAGAGUGGAGGGCUAUCAUACCAAACGAUAUGAAUGCUCAUGACUGGAUAGAUAGUGACAGUGACAGCAGCGAUUCUGAGGAAAGUGAUGAGGAUGAUGAUGACAACGAUGAUGAUGGCUCUUCAGAAAUGGACACAGAUUAGGCAAUAGGAAAACAAUUUUUAUUAAAACAGAAAAACAAAUAUUUUACAUGAA